AUGAAGACCUCUUUCUCUACUGCUCUUACUGCUUUGAUUGCUGCUUUCGUCAUGACAGCUGAAGCUGCACCUGCUGCCUCCAAACUUCAAGCUCGUAGUUCCAUGUCGGGUGAUGCUACAUACUAUUCUGUUGGAAUGGGCUCUUGUGGCAAUACUAAUUCUGACAGCGAGAUGGUUGCUGCACUAUCAGAGAAGCUUAUGGGUACUGGUGCUGAUGGAUCCUAUUGUGGUAAAUCCAUCACCCUCAAGUCUAAAGGUGGCAAAUCAGUUACUGUCAAAGUUGUUGACUCAUGUCCCGGCUGUGGUGAAGGAGAUGUUGAUCUUAGUCCUUCUGCCUUCAAGAAGCUUGGUGCCUUGGAUGAAGGUGUCAUUCCCAUCACUUGGUCUCUCUAA